GGAGGAGAAGGAGGGAGGAGGAGGAGGACCUGGGGCCGGUUUGGUGAAAUAUACACACAUCAGCGGAAAAGCCGGAGCAUGCACCACGAGGGAAAAGCGCGCGCCGCUCCGUCGUCGUCGUCGUCCCCGCUCUGCAGGAGCAACAGCUGAUCCGGAGAGCGCGCGGGCGGGAGAGUUCGGGCUACUUACUGUCGGUGCACAGCCAGAGGCUCGCGCUCUGCCACGCGGGUUUCAGACGGUGACUGCGUCGCCGGCGGAUCGGUGGACGUUACCGGUACCGGAGGAGGAGGCGGAGGGGGACAGAUUGCGAGACGCGCACCGCCGGACGCGCUCAGCCUCGAAACCGCUGCUUUUGUUUUUUGUUUGCUUUCUUGUUUUCAUGGAAAUAUCUGGAGUUGAGACGGAGCGUAAACAGCGCGCGUAAAGACGUCGGGGAAACAGACGGCUUGGAUUACUCCGCUGCGCUCCGCGCCCGCCUCGACUGUGGAGAGUUGACUGCAAAUCCACUCCGUCCAAAAAAGAAAGAAAAAAAGAAAAGAGAAAGCAAUGUUUACCGGGCAACAGGCCGUGUUUUAGGGCUCUUUUGCUUCCGGUACAAGGCCCGACUGAGCAAGAAACCGAGCAGUUUUCUCUCUCCCACACACUUUUUUUUUUUUUUUUUGGAAGCCGAACUUUUCAGAGUGGAAAAUGGGUCUUUGAGACUGUUGGCACUCUUCCUCACACCACAAUGGCGACCGAAACCUUUCUGUUGAACGAGGAACCCACCCGAGGUCCUGGGAUGCCUGAAUGCUUUGUAGUAUCAGAUUCAUACAGGUAUUACCCUACUCACCUUCUAAACAAUGCCUUAGUGGAUGAAUUUCAUCCCUUCAUUGAGGCCCUCCUCCCCCAUGUCCGUGCCUUCUCCUACACCUGGUUCAACCUGCAGGCCCGUAAGCGCAAGUACUUCAAGAAGCACGAGAAGAGGAUGACCAAGGACGAGGAGCGCGCCGUGAAGGACGAGCUGCUGGGGGAGAAGCCCGAGAUCAAGCAGAAGUGGGCCUCGCGCCUGCUGGCCAAGCUCCGCAAGGACAUCCGGCCCGAGUUCCGCGAGGACUUUGUGCUGACCAUCACGGGGAAGAAGCCGCCCUGCUGCGUGCUGUCCAACCCCGACCAGAAGGGCAAGAUCCGCCGCAUCGACUGCCUGCGCCAGGCCGACAAGGUGUGGCGGCUGGACCUGGUCAUGGUCAUCCUGUUUAAGGGCAGCCCGCUGGAGAGCACGGACGGCGAGCGGCUGGUCAAGUCGCCCCAGUGCUCCAACCACGGCCUGUGCGUCCAGCCGCACCACAUCGGGGUGACGGUCAAGGAGCUGGAUCUCUACCUGGCCUACUUCGUCCACACGCCAGAACAAUCAGGACAAUCAGACAAUUCAAACCAGCAAGGAGACACAGACGUGAAGCCGCCACCGAACGGCCACUUGAGUUUCCAGGACUGCUUUGUGACUUCAGGGGUGUGGAACGUGGCCGAGCUGGUCCGGGUGUCACAGACUCCAGUUGCCACGGCGACGGGCCCCAACUUCUCCCUGGCGGACCUGGACAGCCCCGGCUACUACAACAUCAACCAGGUGACCCUGGGACGGCGCUCCAUCACCUCCACCCCCUCCACCAGGACUGAAAUGGAGCUUUAUGCAAGUCUCCCACGGAGCUCCAACAAGCGCAAGUCCAUUGACGACAGCGAGAUGGAGAGUCCGGUGGACGAUGUCUUCUACUCGGGCCGCUCCCCGGCGGCCGGCAGCAGCUCUCAGUCCAGCGGUUGGCCCAAUGAUGUGGAUGCAGUGCAGCACCAUUUGGCCAGUGUGCAGGAGAGGAAGAUUAAGCAUGAGAGCGAUGGAGUGCAGUUUCCUUACCAUGGACUCUCGUCGCCUGGUUCUCUUAAGAAGCCGGGGAAAUUCGAUUUCAGCGCCCUGUCCUCCCAGACGAGGUCCCCCCGCAUGGCGUUCACCCACCACCCACUGCCAAUGCUGGCGGGAGUGAGACCAGGGAGUCCCCGUGCUUCAGCCUCGGCCCUGCACUUCCCGUCUCCCUCCAUCAUCCAGCAGUCUAGCCCCUACUUCACCCACCCAACCAUCCGCUACCACCACCACCCUGGACAGGACCCCCUGAAGGAAUUUGUGCAGUUUGUCUGUGCUGAUGGCUCGGGCCAAGGCGCCGGACAGCCAAACGGGAGCGGCCAGAGCAAAAUGCCAGGCUCCUUCUUGCUGCCUCCACCUCCCCCAGUGGCCCGCCCAGUGCCCCUCCCCAUGCCCGACUCUAAACCCAACAGCACGCCCCCUGACGGCGGACUCUCCUCGCCCACAUCUCCGUCAUACUCCACGCCAGGCGCCACAGCUCCCAACAGGUUUGUCGGCAUCGGAUCACGGGACAACAACUUUCUGAACAUCCCGCAGCAGACACAGUCUUGGUUCCUCUGACAAGAUCUGUGCACAAACCAGCAACUAGAAUUCUUUCUUUACAAUCGGAGAUAGAAAAAGGAAACAAAACAA